CGGCUCCAUUAGAAUCGACGCGCAACAAGAGCUAACCGGAUGUUGAUAUAAAUGCUCACGAGUCCACAUGUUCAGUUUGUCAUUUUAUUCUUACCUUUAAACUAGUUUAGUUUAGAUUUCCGGGGAAAACGCGACCUGGAAUAGUUCGAGAUGUCCGCGUCGUUGGUCAGGAGGGGACUGGAGCUGCUGAGCAACGACAUUAAAAGUGACAAUAAGGCCAAGAAGAAGAAGAAGCAGCGACAGUCGGUGACACCCAAUUUAGCAGCAGCGAAGGCCCUGGUGAGCACCAACCGCCAGGGCGUCACCCGGCAGGUGAAGAGGCUGCAGGGGCGGCUCGGACCCGGCAAGAGCAAAGCUACGGUCAAAGACAAGCGGAUCAAGUGCGCCCUCGACGAGUUCCGGGAGCAAAAAAAGAAAAAUCAGAUGGAGGCCAACCUCAAAUAUUUCUUGAGAACCGAGGCUAAGGCAACGAUUUCGGAUACCUUGAAGAUCCAGAACCACAACGUGGGAAGACAAUCCCGCCAUCGCCGUGACCAUCCUAACGCUAAGAAGCCCAAAGAGAAGAAGUCGGUGUUCACGGAGGAGGAGUUCCAGCAGUUUCAAAAGGAAUAUUUUGGCCGGACUGUGGAAGAAAAAAAGUUUCCCCUGAAAAAACAUUGAACCGUCAGAAUAAACUUUUUUUAAGGACUAUAUUUUGUUCACGUCUGACAUAAACGUUCCAUUGAUUAAAAAACAAAACAAAAACAAAUCCAAUGUUAAAUGCUGUAUAGUUGGGAUUUUAUUGGAAUUCAGAGCUAUUUAGAUAUUUUAAUUAGCCAAAAACUUGACAGAACAAAAAAGUUCCCACUUCUAGUGAUUACAUUAAAUUGAAAACACAGCCUUGCACUAAGUUGUAAAAUAUUUCUAUUGUUGUUUUGGCAGUGGAUAUGGCAACACUCUCACUAUCAGUGUUCUGUGCACACACAGUCUGGUCAGGAAACAGCUUCUCCAUCCAGUCAUUAAAUUGAAUAAAGCAAAUCAU